CCUCUCGUGGAUGGUCUUUCGGGUUGUAGCGGGUUUCCCACAUUAGCCAAAGCUAACACUAUACAGGCAACCUCCAGUUCAACUUCAUAUCGACUCAGGCGCAACAUGGCCGAACCAAAUCACACAUUGAAAAGUACAUAGAGCAAACUUAAACAAUAACCUUUCCACUUACUUCUUUGCUCGUCUUCUCACCGUUGUCUUCUGUGCCUAGAUCGUAAAACACUGCUGCAUCAUCAUUAUUGGUCCCCGGAGCUCACUUCCAUUGUAGCCUUUUUUUGCAUCCUUUUAUUUUUGCAGUAAGUAAAUUUAUUUUUUUUUGUAUCCCCACUUUUUUUUUUUUGGCGUCGUGAACUUCCGUUGUGGCAUUUUCAAUUUGCAUCCUUUUAUUUUCGCAGUAAGGCUAUGUUCACACAGCAGGUCAAGUCCGAUUUUUUAACCAUAUGUGACACAUAUCUGAUUUUUUCAUGUAAGUGAUUUUUUCAAAUCCGACCCAGGCUUCUUUUGUAUGUGGAUAUAAAUCGUGACAACACAAACAGGCGCUAAAAGCAAUUUGUGCUUUGUGCGCAGGCAGGUCACUUCACGGACGCAUUCUGUUCACAUUAGAUGCCGCAUUCAUUGUUGUAAAGCGAAGGACCGCACGAAAAGAUUGGAUUUAACAAAAAAUCCAAAGUGUGCAUCAUAACCUGCAGUGUGAAUGUAGCCUAAAGGUCCUAACACACCGGGGCCGACACAAAUAUAGAACGCGAGAUUAGGAAAUAUUCAGAGGUGAAUUUUGACGCCUGACUAUAGACAUCAAGCCCGAUGUGAUUUUUCAACUUUCCGGGGGGAAAAAGAUGUGUCCCGGGUGAAGGCAAGAAGACUGACACAACAGCAGACUGACUGUUUUUCAGUUCUGAUUAGACACUAGUUUUGAGAUGGAUGUCUGUCACGAUAGCAUGUACUGAGUCGGGGCCAGUACCAGAUAAGCACACUAAACUAUAAUCCAUAAACGUACGGUAACAACUGAGACCUAAUGGUGCUAAGGGUGAAUAAGUUUGAGACGGUGAAAAUACAUAUGGUAUGUUGUAUCUGAACAGGUUAGUUUACUAGCUAAAGUUACUUAGCACAGAUGAAAGUUAAAACAAAGACAUUUAGCGAACUGUUAAAGCACACAAACCAUCGUUAUAUGAGAGAUCCGACUCUAUGACUCUUCACAAGUUGUCCUUCAGGUCGUUAUCUUUGUAAUGUUUGUGUUUUUUCUUCAAAAAGCACUCUGUUCUCCAACACGUAAACAAUCAGCCUGUCGGCCAUGUUGGAUACACGGGUGAAUCAGACGACGCAACAACACGCAAUUUGAUUGGUCAGAAGUGGACACACAGCAUGGGAAACUUUUGAAAAAUUGACCAUGAUCCGAAAAAUAAAUGCCGCAAUAUCGCAGGAUGGGAAAACAUUGCUGAUGUGAACGCUUGUAUUGGCAGGAUACGGGUUCGAAAAAAAUAUUGACGUUCGCAAUAUUCGCACGAAAAAAGCGGUCCAGGUGUGAAAGGACUUUAAGUAACAUUUUCUUUUUUUUUUUCUUUUUUUUUUUUUGGCAAUACCACUUUUCUUUUGAGUCGUUAACGUCCAUUGUGGCUUUUUUUUAUAUGCACCGUUUCUUUUUUUAUUUGCAGUGGGCUUCAGUUUUGUUUUGCUUUUUUGCAUCAGAACUUCUGUUGUUGCUUUUUUUUUUUUUUUUUUUUUGCUUUUUUUAUUUUGCAGCAGCAGCAGCAGCAGUGGCGGUUCUCGGCCACCGUAAUUAUGCAUUCAGUUAAACUGGAGUUAAAGGUAUUUCGAGGGUGCCCUGAAGCUGCAGACAGCCCCCCACCCCCAACAUGCCAGCUAAGCAUCUGUGCAGUGAAGCCAUCUGAUUGGUUGCUCUGACCCAUUGAGUAGGCGUCAUCAGUGAUGUAAUGCAGCCGGGGCUCGCCGUUAGUGUCAUCCUCCUCGUAGCUGAGCGGAGAAACCCUCACUGUCUGCCAUCCGACAAAAACAACCGCGGACAUGGUAAGUAAUGAGGAAUAUUGUUAAAUUCUUCUGAAAAGCAGCUUUUGAUAGAACUGAAUGAAGAAACUGAAACAGCUUGUUGUGCUCCCCCUUUGCUUGUUUUUAAAGGCUUUAAAAUCAUCUAACCUAGUUAACGUUAAGCUAGCUGCGUUAUCCCCCAGGCCUGCUUUACUCAGUCUGACUGCAGCAGCUAGCUUCAGCGUUAAAACCUUUAGCCACCAUCCUUUUUUUCCCCAACAGCUUUAACGCAGAUUAAUCACACUAAUGUCAGCCUGUUGUUCGUCAGCUGCAUCUCUAACCAGACUGUUAUUUCCCUGUGCUUUUUAACCCGGCCUGCCUCUACCAGUCUGACUUCACAGAGGACCAGAUCCUGGGUGAGUUUACACCUCAGCAGCAAAAGGGACAUUUCAGGUUUUAUAUAUAGGUAUACAAAGAGAUAUAUUUUCUAAAUCAUUUCUUUGAAUUCGUUACUGUGACUCGUAGCUCAGCUUGAGUCUCCAAAAGCUGCAGGAUCCUUUUAGGUAACUCCACACUGUGAUGACAAUUUGAGAUAAAAAUGAUUUUAAAAGCAUUUUUCUAACCAUGUGAAGUGAAGUGUUUUGUUCUUUCACUGCUUUGUAGUACUAGCUGCUAAUAAAAUCAAUGUUUUGCAUGUUAGUGUAACUGCAAGUGAGUGACCUAAUAUGCAAUUAACAUUCCCUGCAUGUUUGCAACACUGACAGCUUGUGUUUUGCACAGCAGUGAGGGAUCAGGGUGUGGCAAGGGGAUACUUCAACCUCUGUUUCAGGGUCCUCUAAAAUGUAGUCUCAGGCACACACACCAGUGUAGCACACAGGCUACUAUCAGUCAAUCAAACUUUAUUUUUAAAGCACUUUUCAUAUACAGAAUGUAGCAUAAAGUGCUGUCUAUUCGUGCAGGAUAUUAAAAAACAAUGAAGUAAAAUAAAUAAAAAUACAAAUCCCAAACCCCACCCACCCUCCCAACCCCCAUUCAACACAUACAGCACUCACACGCUCACACACACAGAUGUACACUCAAAAGACCAGGUAAGGACUCUUCAACUUGCCACAGAUGACUGAGGAAACACUGGAUCUAGGACUAAAACGAUAAAACCAUAAUCGAAUAUAAUAAAGGUGAUAAAGCGUUAAAAGAAAAUUAAACAAAACAGUCUUAAAAUCAAACAAUAAAAGAAAGUAAAGUAAAAAAAGAGGUAAUAAAACACAAAAUAGUUACUCUAGGACUAAAAUAGCGUAAAAUCACAUAAUGCAGAUUAGGGCCCGACUGAUUUAUCGGCGAACAGAUUAAAUUGGCCAGUUUUAGCCUGUUUGAGACUAAUCGGCCAAAACUCGCCGUUUUUUCACCAAUAUUUUCAGAAACAAAAUGCGGAGAAUAAGAUUCGGUUUCACUUCAAAAAAUGUUCCGCCAUUUGAAAAGUUCCCCAACUUAUCCAGUAGAUGGCGCAGCGACCUCAUGACAAUCUUCAUCCACUAACUACCUCACAGCACAGCAGAGUUGAAAACGCUUUUCUGGUCCGAGUUUCAUCAGUUGGUCUUCCUGUCAGCGUGAAGAGCAGUAGCCUACAGUUUAUCUACAGUACAUAGUAAUAUAUAUAUAUAUACACACAUAUAUUACAACUUAAUUAAAAAAAAUUUAAAAUUGGCACAUUAAUCGGUAUGGAGUAUUAAUCAGACGAGGACCAUAAUGCAGGAACAAUGAUUCACCAUAUGUUUUAGUUUUUACUUUGGGAACAAUUAAAAGACCACCACCUGAAGACCUGAGGGCUCUACCAGGCUCAUACGGUAAAAACAAAUCAGACAAAUAGGAAGGACCGAGGCCAUGAAGAGCUUUAAAAACUAAUAAAAGAACUUUAAAAUCUACUCUAAAAGUUCAUUGAACUGCUGUGUUGUUGGACUUGGAAUAACCUGCUUUGUGUUUUAGAUACAAUUAUCGUCCACAUCCACUCUUUAUUCUGGUACUCAGCAGAGUUGCUCUAGGGGAGUAGGAGUUUGAUAAAUAUAGUCAAAAUCAGUGUUUCCUUUAAAGUAUGUUUAACAAUUUGCCUUUUAAGUAAACAAAGUUGUACCAUGGCAAGAAAAUGAUCACUUUGAUUGUAGAAGCUGCUACUAAAUAUUUUAAGACUAGGCUAGUGUCCAGGUUUGUGUGGAUUAAAUCAGUUCUCUGUCAAUGUGUGAUCACUCAUGUUUCUAAAUUUCACUUCUUAACUGAGUUUUUUGUUAUAAUUGAUUUGUUGCUAUCCAAUGAAACUGUCUGAAUCUGCUCCUGCCUCAGAUUUAUAUAUAUUUUUCUUGGUCAAGUGAAACAGCUAAUACAGUGACACUAGCUGUUCUGCUCCAGGAAAUUUUGCAUUUUGUACAUUUGUUUUUGUGUGUGUUUACAGCUGAAUUUGAGCUUUGCCUCUCUGUCUCCAUAUUAGAAUUCAAGGAGGCUUUUCUCUUGUUCGACCGGACGGGUGAGGGGAAGAUCACCUACAGUCAGUGUGGUGACGUCAUGCGGGCCCUCGGUCAGAAUCCUAUCAAUGCUGAGGUGCUCAAGGUCCUGGGAAACCCCAAGUUAGAAGGUUAUUAUCAUACUCAAAACAUUACCAACAACUGAAACGAUUUAACCAGUAAAUAAAAUCUACUUAAAUGUUAUAGUUUUGGCUCACAGCUGAGUUUUUUGUGUGUGUGUAUAAUAAAAUCCCUUACUGUAACCUUAUGUGAGUAAAGAUGACCCUUAAAAGUCUAUUCUUCACAUAAGUACUCACUGUUUAGUAAUUGUACUAUUCUUAACUUCUAGUACAAUAGAAAUAAAUACCCAUAAUGUUGUCUUUGAGGAUUGAAAUUUAGCAAAACUACCUUUGAACCAAACAUGAAAUUCAGACAGCUCUCUGCAUUUUUUUAUCUUAAUUUUUGCCAAAGGUGGGAGAUGUUCUCUUUUAUUGUGUGAAAGCUACAAAACCUCCACACAAACCUGUCUGAACCUGUUUUAUCAGCUCGGACUAAAAUCAACAUCUUUCACAUUUUUACAUUUUUCUUCUAUAGAGAUGAACCACAAGAUGCUGGACUUUGAACAGUUCCUGCCCAUGCUUCAGGCCAUCGCUAAGAACAAGGACCAGGGCUCCUUUGAGGACAUAGUCGAGGGUCUGCGUGUCUUUGACAAGGAGGGCAACGGUACUGUUAUGGGAGCAGAGCUACGUCAUGUGCUCACGACACUAGGUAUGACUAAGAAAACCUGCUUAGCACAGUUUGUUAUUCAUCCUUGCCUUAGGGGUACACUAGACUCAUGUCUGGCUUGUUCCUCAACAAACCCCUUAAACAUUUUUAUGCAUCAAAAAAAAGAAUAAGCAAAAGCACUUUUUUCUAUACAUCUCAAUUUAAUUUUUUGUCUGCUGAAGGUGAAAAAAUGACAGAAGAGGAGGUGGAGACUCUCCUAGCAGGACAUGAAGAUGCCAACGGCUGCAUUAACUAUGAAGGUAAAGCUGCAAUGUGGGCAGGCUGCCUCCAAUCUGAACAAAAGCAGACUGUGCAGUUCUGCCUCCAUGAAAUGCGCCCAAUGAAAAUAUCUGGAUGAUCUUAACAACAAGAGUCACAUUUUCCUCGUGCCAAAUGCUCAGUGACUUGUGAUUGGAUUCAGAUGGAGAAACAGAACAGAAACUCUGCAGAGGCAUUACAUUCAUCUUAAAUCACAGUUUGUUUCAUGAAGCCAAGCAGUUAUAGGACACAGACUCCUAAAAACUUGCAAGUUUCUUGGCAUCUGCCCUGAUUUACGGCAAAAAAAGCCUUUCAGAAUGAGAAAUAAAAUAGUUAUUCAAGAUUUCAGGGAAAAAUCUGUGUCAUGUUUUCUGCUUUUCUAACCAGAAGCUGUAAUGUCUUGAGUUUCUUUUGUUCUUUCCCUCUUUCUUUUCCUCUGUGAGUCAUCCGUCCAGAUAUCAGUGUUGAUAUAUUUUAACCAUUUACGAGUUGAGGUUUGUCUAUGGUGCUAUAGUUGCUUAGUAAGAAGCUUGUAUUCACACUUGACGCGUUCUUGUGUUUUUCUCUUGGCAGAACUUGUCCGGAUGGUGAUGAGCGGUUGAGGGUUUCAGAUUCACACACUUCCAGCUUUAAUCCUAUUCCUAAAUGUUUUUUUUUUGUUGUUUGUUGUUGUUGGUCUUGUGUUUUCCCUCCAUCCAGUUUUCCUACCUCCAACAAGUCUGUUUGUUUUGUAUUGUCCUUUUCUUUUUUUUUUUUUUUACAGCUGUUUAUUACAUUUUUUGAAGUGCCUUUUCUGUUUGUCUUCUGUGUACGAGCCCGUUCAUCUCAUUCCCCAAACUCCGUUAAAUCUCACAGGCACAUUUGUAACCUGGUCUCAUGAUUUCUCAUCCCAUUUCUUUCAGUCAGUCUUGCUGUUGUCAGUUUUCUCUUAUUAUUUGGGUGGAUAUGAUAAUGUGAAAUGUUACAUUCAGUGUUGAAUAAAAGUCCGUGUUUCCAGUGUGUCUACA